UUAGUCCUGUUAUCCUCAUUCAUAGACUCAGAACUGAGCUCGCGGGUCCGCUCCAUGCGGCUUGCUUUUGCCGGGGGCCUUUGGUGCCUGGGGACUGUAAGUCACUUCACAUCAGGCAACCAAUAAGCGUCCUACAAGAGCAUGCACUGCGCCAUCAGAAUGCAUAACAACUAAAAUAGAACAACAAUGUCUUCGAAUUACUGCAAUUCCCCACACUCUUUUGAACCCGAACCUAAACAUGAUUCUUUCACGAAAAAUGCGGGCAUACUCCGGGACGUCGCUAGACUUCGAGUUCUUGACGUACGACAGCAAGCAGCAACUACCAGCAGCCGCCAGUGCUAUAGAAGGUGGUAUAUCCGUGCAGCGAGAGGCCUAUUGGAGCUACUGCGGGUCUGUGUUGUCCACUGAUCCUGAUGACUUUCCGGCCAGUCUUUACGAAUGGCAAACAGCCACGCUUUCUGGUUCCAUUCUGCCCAUACUAUCACCGCUACUGAACUUCGUCAACGACUUCAUUUCGGAAAGGGGCCUUGACAACUACUGGAUCACGUUGCGGGCUACAACUGCGACAUAUGAGUAUGAUAAGACCAGAUGGCACACUGAUGACAUGUUCUUCAGUGCCGGGAGUGGUGGCCUGUUGAGUCGUGUGAGCGCGACGAACAAAAGGCAUCUCGAUCUGCAGACAGACUGGAAGAUCUGCGCCACCCUUCUUGGCCCGUCCACGCUUUUCAUUCCAUCGCGGCACCAGCCACAUGCCAGGAAGAUACAAUUUGCUGCCAAGAAGAAGAACUCCAAGGACCACCUGUGCACAUCUAUCCGCUGCGCCGGGUGCGCUACCGCGGCAGAUGCAGUGAGAGACGAUCUUGCGGCAAACCUGUCCGUCUUUGGAUCUGAGCAGGCGAAGAAGGGCGAAUGUGCCGUCUUCCGCAUCGGUCAGGAAAGCGGCGCUGUUCAUUCAGAGCCGCAAAUGAGCUGUGGUGGUCGGAUCUUCGUUAACAUAGUCCCGGGAAAGAGGGAAGAACUCUGCUCGCUUGUGUCUAAAUGGGGAAUGGAUUUUCCGAGGUCGUGGUGGAUAUCACCGAGCGUCUCGCAUCUCUCCACAAAACCAUGACGACAGCUUUACUUCCGUAGAAUAGAUUUACUUGUUACUCAUUCUUGAUCACUACUUGCUAGGAGGGUAAUUUGAUGGAACGAACGCUAUUCGGCGACAAUAACGCUGGAUCUUGAAGGUGGAAAGAAGCUCUGAGACUUUUGGGAUUACGCUAGGUUUUAUCAGCAUGUGUUACGUUUCUUGUUAGUGACAUCGUCACGAACCGUUGGCAUGAUAUCUGUUAAUAAAAUCUGGAUCCUAACAGA